UUUGAGACCUUGGGAACAUCCUGGAGACCUUGGGGACAUCCUGGAGACCUUGGGGACCUCCUGAGGACCUUGAGGACCUCCUGGAGACCUGGAGCUCCUGAGAAAUCCCCGGGAUCUCCUGAGCUGACCCUGCCACCGCAGGUGAUCGGUGGCAACGAGGACCCCGAAGGGGUGGUGCUGAAGGACCUGUCCCCACCACCGGUGGCCCGGGCGCUCCGGGUGUACCCAAGGGCGCCGCGUGCCAUGAGCGUCUGCCUGCGCCUCGAGCUCUACGGCUGCCCCUGGGAGUCGGGUCUCCUGUCCUACACGGCCCCACGGGGACACGUCAUGGCCCUGGACCCCGUCCCCAUCGUCCUCAACGACUCCACCUACGAUGGCUUCAGCGCCGGCCCGUUACACUUUGGGGGGCUGGGCCAGCUCUCGGACGGGGUCCUGGGCCUCGAUGACUUCUUGAGGACCUGCGAGCGCCGCCUGUGGCCAGGCUACGACUACGUGGGGUGGCCACGGCCCGCCGGUCCCCAACCCCACGUGGAGCUGGAGUUUGAGUUCCAGGAGCUCCGGGCCUUCCACGCCAUGCAGGUCCACUGCAACAACCUCCACACGCGCGGGGUCGGAAUCUUCCGGGCGGUCGAGUGUCGCUUCAAGAAGAGCUUGGCCACCGUCUGGGAGCCCCUGGUGGCCACCCACAGCCUGGCCGGGGCCAUCAAGGACCCCAGCGCCCGUUGGGUCACCGUCCCCUUGGGCGGGCGCCACGCCCGCUUCAUCCAGUGCCGCUUCUUCUUCAGCGCCGAGUGGAUGCUCUUCAGCGAGGUCUCCUUCGUCUCAGAGGUGCUGGACGACCCCGUGGGUGCCAGUGGGUGGCCUCCGACCCCUGAUCCCUCCGCCGCCAUCUUGGAAAAUGCCCGCCAGGGGGGCGGAGCCACCAAUGGCACCUCCCCGGACAUCGUGCGGCUGCUGGGGGUGUGCGGGGGGCCCGGCCCCCUCUGCAUCGUCACCGAGUACAUGGAGCACGGAGACCUGCACCAGUUCCUGGGCGGGCCCCGAGGCCACGCCCUCAGCCUGCCCACGCUGCUGCGGCUGGGAGCACAAAUCGCCUCCGGAAUGCGAUUCCUGGCCGGGCUGAACUUCGUGCACCGGGAUUUGGCCACCCGGAAUUGCCUGGUGGGCGACGGCUUCACCGUCAAGGUGGCCGAUUUCGGCAUGAGCCGGAACCUCUACGCCGCCGAUUAUUACCGGGUGAGGGGCCGGGCGCUGCUGCCCAUCCGCUGGAUGGCCUGGGAGUGCAUCCUGAUGGGCACGUUCAGCCCGGCCAGCGACGCCUGGGCCUUCGGGGUGACGCUCUGGGAGGUGCUGACGCGCUGCCGGGAGCAGCCCUACGGGGCCCUGAGCGACGAGCAGGUGAUCGCCAACGCCGGGCACCACUUCAGGAACCGUGG